AAAGGUGAUCUAGCGAAAUGGCCCCUUUAAUUACACUGAGACAAACAGAGCGGGGGCAAAGUUCAGCUGAACUCAUGAUAAAAACGGAUGAGGAGAGAAGCCGGAGCUCAGAAAGCAGCAUGACGUAAUACUAAAGGACACGGCCGCAGGAAGAUGCGGAAACAGACACGGAGAUAAAUAAUUCCAAUCCUACCUCCGUUAUAUCGAUAGUAAAAAUUUGGCGCAACUCGUUUGCUGAAUAAUGAGUUUGUGAGGAGUUACAAAUGAUACUUGCAAGCAACCUCUGCACAGAAUGACAAGAUGUCUGUUAGGUAAAAGUUUAAGGAGAUGGAGGACUGGAUGGUAUGUCUCAGCACUGAAGAAUCUUUCUUCAGUUCACGCUCUGAAGCCGCUCAUUCCCACCUUCUGCUUUGUGGUGGUGAUCGUAUACGGCCAGGCCGACAAACUCAGGAACUUUGUCGCUGGCAUCUUUAUCCCGCAGUACCAUUACCCGUUCCCUGUUGCUCUCUGCUUCACCCAGGUUCUGGUUUCUCUUGUCUUCAUAAAUCUCCUCCAUGCCUUGGGAUUGGUGCAUCUCAGACCGUACUCCAGAUCGCUGGGAGAGAGGCUGCUGCUGCCCACCAUCUGUAACAGCUUUCACUCGGUGCUCAUGACUUGGACCAAAACAAGCAGCCCGUACGCAAACCUCUUCCUCUUCACUGUUCCUCUGCUGCCUCUGCUGACCCUCGGAUUCAGUUUUGCGCUGAAGGUGGCGUCUCCGCCAUCGCACCACUUGUCAGUGUUGAUUUCUAUCCUGAGUGGGAUGUUUGUUGUCAUCACAGCGUCCAAUGGGAUUCCUGGUGUUGAGCCUCUGGAGAGCCUCUACGCGCCUCUCGCUUUGAUUCUUCACAGCCUUUCGCUGAUCAGCUUCGCUAAAGUGUCCGAGUCUGUGCGCCAGCAGCCCUCUGACGUCCAACCCUCUGUUUUUGACAUCUACUACGCUCAACUGGUUAACCAGAGUGGAGUCCUGGGCCUCCUGUGGCUUCUGCACCCAGACAAACCCUGGCUGGUGUUGAAAAUGAGCAACUGGCGCAAUCUGCUCUUCCACGGAUACCUGCUCGCCAUCGUCCUGCUGGGAAUGGUGCUCAACUUCCUGGUCUGCGUUUCUGCUCUCUGCGUCUCCCCACUCGCGGCUGCGUUGCUAUAUUCGGCGAGGUACAUGGUGCAGCCGUUUUUUCAUCUUCUGUAGUUCCUCUGCAUGUUAUGGAAUCCUUGUCUGUCUAUAAGCUAUCACCAUUAUCAAAGGUUGAAGUAGCAAUUCCGAAAAAAAAAAGAAGAAGAAAAAUCACACGAAAAACGUGAAAAGGUUUCCGUCAGGUCAAACGUUUAAAAUUAAUCCGGAUAGAAUUGUGACUUCUAUAAUUAAAAGUCUGUCACAGCCAGAAGAAAUCUGCCACUAAACUUUCAAACCGAAAAA